CAGGCAGACUAAACUGCAUUCGGCCUAAAAGCCUUUUCAUUUAAAAAAAAAAAAGAAAAAAAAGGUUGGCACUCGGGUUUAUUUAAUGCAAAUAUACAUUAUUUGACACUGUGUUUAAUUGAGCCUAUUGAGGUGAGAACAUUUACAGAACGUUCUUUCAAGCUUUGUUUGAAUUGUAGUAAAAUGGAAAAAAACUAUGGACCGCUUGUCAAGAAGGCCAUAGCACUCAUUGAUCAGUAUUCUGCGAGCAAACAGACUCUGGACGACUUUACUGAACAUGCUUCAAAAGAUCUAAAGGACAUGGAACCCAAGCAUGGGGAGUUUGUAAUACUUGUUGUUUCGGGAUGUAUUGAGCAAAAGAAAAUACUGGACAUCAUCAUCAACUCCUUUUAUGGCCAUGAUGGCAAAUGCAUAUCAAAAUAUUUUCGCAGCCAGUUUGUUGUCAUCAGUUAUCUCACUAUAUUCCACUUUGAUGAACUUGGACUCAAGGAUUUCAGCAACAUUGUCAGAUCUCUGAACAUUGAGAGCAUGCACAGCUUCCUGAGUUUCUUCUUUACAAACCUCACCACUUGGAUACAAGAUGAGUUGAACUGUAUUUAUGAUGCCCAAUAUGUGAAGAACCACUGGAUUGAUCCACUACUCAGGAGGCGUUCCAAGAUUGCGAUGUUCAUAAAGAGGCUUGGAGAGGGUCAGAAGCCAAAGCCAUCCAAAGCCACUGAGCCUGUAGAGUUCUCUUUUUCGAAUCGUGAACCACGAUCUCAACCUUGCCCUGAACCCAGCCCUGUGCCUGAAAAAUACGUACCAGUACCAAACACCAUGUACACAGUUCCAAAAGAGCCUCAGAUAUUAGAUGAUCUCAAGCAAAGGAACUAUCAAAUGACAGAGGAGCUGCUGCAUGAGGCGAAUUUGACACCAUUCAAAUGUGCAAGACCUCAAAAGUCUGAACACACAACGAGGGCGAUGGCCAAGAUAAAGGAAGAGUUGGACUCAAAACUCAGAUUCGAUUUAGUGUUUAAAAGUCAGCCUUCUCCUAUUCAUAAGAAAACGUGGCCAGUGAAACUCAACAGUGCCACAAUCCUGCGACAGAGGGCGCUCCAUGACCGUAAAGUGGUGGAAGAACUGCAGAGGAUAGAGGAUCUGGUGGAAGGGGCCCAUGAGCCCUCUUCUUUUCUUCAGUGGCAAAAAGAAAUGCGUGACAAAGACCAUAAAGAGAAGACCGCGAUGAUUGAUCAGAAACAUGCAGAUAUACUAAUCAGCCAUCUCGAGACUGCUAUGGAACGCACAAAAGCCACAGAACGUAAAAAGAAGGCCGCUCGGCUAAAAAAAGAAGAGAAGUCUCGGAUGAAACUGAAAACUGCACAGAAAAGAAUGCAGGAGGUGAACGAAAAGAAAGACCUGGUCCAACAAUUAUCAGAGCGCUGUAAAAAGAACCCCAAAAAAGCUAAGGAGAAGGUGAAGAAAUUCAAGCGGAGUGUUGUUAAGGAAAUAUCAGAGCACAGUCGAGAGCUCCUUCAUCAAGCCCAAAAAGAAGCGCAGGAAGAGCUUGACAGGAAGUUUCAAGCCAUCAGUGAACUCCACACAAUCGAAUAUUGUCCUCUCAUUAGGCUCAAAUAUUUUGAUGACACAGAGACUGCAGGUCACGAGUUGCUAGGAGAGAUGUCCUAUGCCGAGCUGAAGGAGCGUCUGUUCUUCAUGAAGGAAGCCGAGAUGAAUGAACAACAGAAGAAAAGGGACUGGAUCCUAGAGGAGAAAGAUAAGAAGCAACAGCUUCUGUUGGAAGAUAUGGUCAACAUCAACCUCCACAGUAAGGUCAUGGGAAUGGCCGCUGCCCUCAGGAAAGAAGAGGAAAGGGUAGCCAGGUGUAAAUUGCAGCAGAGCCGAGAGGAAACCACCAUGGCCCUGCGGAAGAAGUUUGAUGAGAAAAAGCAGGAAUAUCAAAAAAUGAAGACAAUUGUAAGCAAACCAUCAAAGCAGGCAGACUCAAAUACUGUUAAAAAUACAGAGACCAACAGAAAGGCUGGAUUAAAGAAGAUAAAGUGGGAGGACUUGGAGCAGAGUUUAGAGGAGUACAUCGAGAGGAAAGAUUCUCAAAUUGUAUCGCAGCGGGGAUCACUGAAAAAAUAAAUGUGUCUAAAAUGGCCUUUUAGCAUAUCUGCACGUAUGGUCUGUGGCUCCUAGUUUAAAUCAUCGUCAGAACCUUCAAUGAUUUUUUAAAAUUCUAUUUUGAGGAAUAUCAGUCUGCAACUACUCAAAACUUUCAUUAGGUAUAUGGAAAUUUAACAGCGGAAUUAUUUUUUUGUAUUCAAGGUUUUGAUAAAGA